AUGGUCCUUUUUGAUAAAGAUGUUAGUAAGGAGCAAGUGAUUUGUGAGACCUGCCUCAAGCUUCAGAAGAGAAUAAACCAGCAGCAAGCGAGGAAGGAGCACACAUCUAGUGCCCCUGCAAGAGAUAAAGCUCCUUUGGUUGCAUGUGGUGCUGAGAAGCUUCGAGCAACAGUGAUAGCUGACCGUGUCCAAUUGAAAGACUUGAGGCAAGACUUGAAAACAAGCAACGGCAAAUAG